AUUUUGUUUUCCUGUCAAAUGUGUUGGAACUUGUUGACAUUUGUCAGCUGUUUCUUGUCAAUGAAGCAUCAUUGUUUGGAGAGAGUAACAGGUUGUUGAUAAUGAAAGAGAAAUGUGGACAUAUUUCUGUUAAACUGGUCUUUAAUAUUUUCUCCUGAUUCCAGUACAACCACAACUCUUAAAAAAAAGAGUCAUAAUUGUACAUCUCAAAAGCCAUGGUUAUACAUGUAUAUAUAUACAAAAACUACCCACGUGUGUGCAGUAUUUAAUCAUGUGUGUGACAUAACCAUAGCAACCAUCUUGGUCAAAGUGUUACUGACCAUGGAUACACCUGUACAUAUUGCUGGAUAUAGACGGACAAAGAUUGUACAAGUUAUUUGAGUUGUAAUUUAAAAAAUGUUUAAGACCCCCUGAAUUUACUGUUAUUACUUCAGUUUACUUUAAAAUAAAAGAAAGGAAGAAAAAUAUUUUUAAAAAAGAAAGAAAGAAAAAGAACUUGUUGUCAAAUGUGAAUCCAAGACCACUCAACCCUAUUUAUUUGUCACUAUUUUAGUUUUAAUAUUUAUCGAAAGAAAAGAUAUUUGAACUAUUGGCUUUGAAAAAAAAAAAAAGAAAAAAAAGUAACAUCACAAAAAAAAAAAAAAAAGUAACAUCACAAAAAAAGAACUCAGAACAGAAUGCAGAAAAAAUCUUAAAACCAGUCCUCAACAAACCAAACGGGAGAAAAAAAAACCCAAACCCAGAACAAAAACAACCCACCCCAAAGAAUCGUCAAUCAUGUUGGUGAAUCGUAAGGCAAGUUUCAAGGACGGGAUGCCCAUGGCUGACUACGGCCCGGACGAGAAUCUGAACGACAACGCGGACAUCGAGUGGGUCAACAAGCCGUGGACCCGGCGACUGCUGCGGGCGUGUGCCUUUGUCAGCAUGGUCUCCGUGAGCAUCAACACGCCGCGCACCUUCGAGCUGUACGAGUCCCUCAUGUACAUCACCUUCAGCCUCGACAUGCUCAUCACGUUCUUCUUCACCGCAGAGAUGAUCGCAAAGAUGCACAUACGAGGAGCAUGGAAGGGAGAAGCUCCGUAUCUGAAAGACCGAUGGUGUCAGUUUGAUGGAAUCAUGGUUCUCUUCUUGUGGGUGUCCGUCGUUUUACAGGUGUUUGAGAUGACCAACAUUAUCCAGAACGAGGCGCCCGCGUCUGCAUUGAGAAUUCUCCGCUCUCCGCGACCACUCAUUCUGAUUCGAGUCUUCCGCGUCUUCCUCAAGUUCUCACUGCCCAAAAACAGAAUCAACCAAAUCUUCAAGCGCUCCAGCCAGCAGAUUUAUAACGUGACGAUAUUCUUCCUCUUCUUCAUGUCUCUGUACGGAAUUCUCGGCGUUCAGUUCUUUGGGGAAAUGAAACAUCACUGUGUCAGGGAGGGUACAGAUUUAGACAACAUCACGCUGUUUGACCUGGCAGUGCCAGACACUCACUGCUCACCGGUGGAGGGAGUUGGGUAUCGGUGCCCACCCGGUCUCGUCUGUGAGAAACUCAGGCUCAGCAAACAGGAGAUGGGGUUCAAUGGAUUUGACAUGUUUGCGACGAGUGUGUUCACUGUGUACCAGGCUGCGUCCCAGGAGGGCUGGGCAUUCCUCAUGUAUCGCGCCAUCGACAGUCUGCCAUCGUGGAGGGCCUUCGUCUACUUCUGUUCUCUCAUCUUCUUCCUCGCCUGGCUCGUCAAGAAUGUGUUCAUUGCUGUGAUUAUCGAGACGUUUGCCGAGAUCAGAGUUCAGUUUCAACAGAUGUGGGGAUCGCGUGGCAACGCCGCCGAGGCAGAUUCCUCACAGGUGAUCCAGAGCGACGGCUCCAUCUGGAAGCUGGUGAUUCUGGAUGAGAACAAGACAAAGGGACUCGCUCCACCGGUCUUCCAGCGCGUCGUGCGCUCAAACUUCUUCCACACGUUCAUCUUGCUGUUAGUACUGGCCAGCUCCAUCACACAGGCCAGUCUCCACUUCGACCACGUCAGCAAACUGCCAGAUAACAAGCUGGAUGGCUUCUAUUAUGCUGAGGUUGUGUUCACUGUGCUGUUUGACCUGGAGGCUGUGUUUAAGAUCUGGUGUCUUGGAGUCGCGGGCUACCUGAAACGAUCUCUACACAAGUUUGAGCUGGUGCUCGCGAUAGGCACCACACUGCAUAUCAUACCGGACUGCUACCGCUCUCCACUCACCUACUUUCAGGUCUUGCGAGUUGUGCGUUUAAUUAAAGCAUCUCCAAUGUUAGAAGAUUUCUGUUUCAAGAUAUUUGGACCUGGCAAGAAACUGGGCAGUCUGAUUCUCUUCACUAUGUGUUUGUUGAUCAUUGCCUCCAGUAUCAGUCUGCAGUUGUUCUGCUUUAUUCAGGACUUUGACAAAUUUGAAACAUUUCCUCAGGCGUUUAGGUCAAUGUUUCAAAUCUUGAGUCAGGAGGGCUGGACCGGGAUCCUGGACGACAUCAUGGACAGCGUCUCCACCGAUUUCCUGGUGGCCGCCGUGGCUGUGUAUUUUAUUAUUUACCAUCUAUUGGUCACAUCGAUAGUUAUAAGCUUGUUUGUGGCUGUCAUUCUGGACAAUUUGGAGUUGGAUGAAGACAUAAAGAAACUGAAGCAGCUGAAGGCGAGGGAGAUGAGCGCUGGCACACAGCAGACACUGCCACUCAGACUGAGGAUAUUCUCAAAGUUUCCCGACCACCCUCAGAUGGUGCGCGUGAACAAGAUGCAAGACACGUUCCACAUAUCGGACGUGCGCGAGAGUUUCAUGCGUCAGUUCCAAUCAUCGGACCGGACGCUGAAUCUCGUCGUCGACACGCAGGACAACGACGCGAAAGACAUGACAUCGUGUCUGAAGCUGGCGCACCUCAAGCUGAUCAAACUGCCGCACCACGAGGCCAGGAGCGGUGGAGAGAUGGAGAAACGAACGGGGAUCAGCUCCAUAGUCAGAGAUUCCAAUCAGCAGAAGGUUGUGAGCGGUGGCUCUGCCCAGCUCGUGGCGGCUGGGGGUAAGGCAUUGUCAUUGCUAGGACAACAGCAUCAGAUCAGAAUGGAACGAAGGAGCAUGCGCGGCGGGUCGAGGCCUGGCAGUCUCAAGUUGAAGAGUCAGGGGACGAUGAAGGAGAACGGCGACAUCAGUAUGAUCCACGCGGGAAGUCUCGCCGGGCGCAGAGCCGACGACUUCGACAUCAAAGUCUGGCAGCAGAAAAAACAGCAGGCCGAAAUUAAACGAAACCAACAGGAAGAGGAACUGAGAGAAAACCACCCGUACUUCGACACCCCGCUGUUCUUUGUAGGCCGCGAGAGUCGCCUGAGGAAACUCUGUCACCUGAUUGUCAACGCCCAGUACAAGUGGCACUCAAGGGACCCAGUCACCGGCAAGGAGAUCAAGAGUAAAUACAAGCGAAUUCAUAAGCUGCUGGGCCUGGUGACCUAUCUUGACUGGGUGAUGAUCAUUAUGACGAUUCUCUCUUGCUGCUCCAUGAUGCUAGAGAAUGCGAAGAAACGGAUUGUUGACCAUAACGAUCUCAAGAUUGCUGAGUAUGCGUUUGUUGUGUCUAUGAGUAUAGAGAUGAGCUUGAAGCUGAUGGCUAACGGACUGAUGUUCACACCGCAUGCUGUUGUCAGAGAUUUCAGUGGCAUCCUUGACCUCUUCAUAUAUUGGGUGAGUGUUGUGUUCCUGUGCUGGAUGCCACAGGAGAUACCGCCGAUGUCGGGUGCACAGGGUCUGAUGAUUCUGCGAUGUCUACGGCCGCUGCGCAUUUACAGCCUCGUACCACAUAUGAGGCAGGUCUUCUACGAGCUGGUCAGGGGAUUCAAGGAAAUUCUGUUGGUAUCUGUGUUGCUGAUAGUGUUGAUGUUUGUGUUUGCGACGUACGGGGUACACCUGAUAGGAGGAAGACUGGCCAGGUGUAACGACCCCACCAUUCUCGAACAGGACCAGUGCACGGGUUUGUUCUUCAGUAAGGUGUUCAUCACCAAGAUGAAGAUCGGAGCCAAGGACGGACCAGCCCCUGGCUUCCUCGUCCCACGAAUCUGGGCCAACCCACACAACUUCAACUUUGACAAUAUUGGUAACGCGAUGCUGGCUCUGUUCGAGGUGUUGUCGCUCGAAGGCUGGCUGGAGAUCCGCGACGUAAUCAUCAAGAGAGUCGGAUCGGUUGAAGCUAUUUACAUCCAUCUGUUUGUGUUCCUUGGCUACAUGAUUGGUCUGACAUUGUUUGUGGGGGUUGUCGUCGCCAACUACAGUGAAAAUAAGGGAACUGCAUUGCUCACUGUUGACCAGAGGAGAUGGAUGGACUUGAAAGGACGAAUCAAGUUAGCACAGCCAUUACACAUACCCCCAAGACCAGACGGCAACGGUUUUCGGGCGUGGAUGUACGACAUCACGCAGCACAUCGUCUUCAAGCGUAUCAUCGUCAUCCUCGUCCUCUCCAACUGCUGCAUGCUCUUUGUACCGUGGAAGGAUCACGAAAAUCCAACCAUCCUGGCAGGCUUUUCAGCUGCGUUUACCCUUCUCUUUAUUCUUGAAGUGAUAAUGAAGAUGAUCGCGCUGACCCCUGGGGGUUACUGGACGAGUCGGCGCAAUCGAUACGACAUGCUCGUCACAGUCAUGGGCGUCAUCUGGAUCAUCCUGCACUUCAUCCUCCAUCCUAUUCUUGUUAAAUACGUACCAGAAUGGGACACGUACCAGGAUGACUUCAGUAACUCUGUGGGGUAUGGUGUCAUAGUUCUGAGAUUUUUCACCAUCACAGGAAAACAUGCCACUCUGAAGAUGUUGAUGCAGACGGUGGUGAUGUCUGUGUUUAAGAGUUUCUUCAUCAUCAUGGGCAUGUUUCUACUCAUGCUGUUCUACGCCUAUGCCGGCGUCAUCCUCUUCGGCACAGUCAAGUAUGGCUACGAUCUCGGCAGACAUGCUAAUUUUGAGAGUGCCCCCAAUGCUGUGAUCCUGCUGUUUCGAAUUGUCACAGGAGAGGACUGGAACAAGAUAAUGCACGACUGCAUGAUCAGUCCGCCGUAUUGCACGUUUGGUGAGAACUACUGGGAGACGGACUGUGGCAACUUUACGACAUCUCUCAUCUACUUCUGUUCCUUCUAUGUGAUCAUCACCUACAUCGUACUCAACUUGCUUGUCGCCAUCAUCAUGGAGAAUUUCUCCUUGUUCUACUCUAACGAUGAAGAUGCUCUGCUGAGUUACAAUGACAUUCGACAGUUUCAAAACACCUGGAACCUUGUCGACAUCAACAGAAAGGGAUUGAUUCCAGCUCGCCGUGUCAAGUUCCUGCUGCGAUUGCUGAGAGGUCGACUAGAGGUUGAUUUGGAGAAAGAUCGUCUUCUGUUCAAGCACAUGUGUUAUGAGAUAGAGAAACUCCACCAGGGUGGUGACGUCACAUUCCAUGAUGUUCUCAGCAUGUUGACGUACCGGUCGGUGGACAUUCGGAAGAGUCUACAGCUGGAGGAGCUGUUGGCACGGGAGGAGCUGGAGUACACCAUCGAGGAGGAAGUCGCUAAACAGACGAUCCGAAACUGGCUCGACAAGUGUCUCAAGAGAAUUCGCGCAAAAGAACAUUCGAGCAUCCUGUCGAACUUGCGCGCGACCACGGAGCCGCUGUUUACUGUCACAGAGAUGUUCUCGGGCGGAGUCGACACCAAGGAGGAACACAAGGAUGAGGCGUUGUCACGGACACGUAAGAAAGGUCAUGUCGAGCUGAGGAAUCCAGUCGUCCAGCCCCCCAAUGCUGUACAGAGUCAGUCGGUGCGCAAGUUCCUCACCCCGACGCUGAGUGACGGCAGUUCAAGACUCGCUGAGAAAGAGAGACCAAGUCUAAGGAAGAGAAGUACGAAAAUGAAUACAGGAGGCAAGCCGCUCCCGUUGGUAACCGAAGGAAAAAUAGAAAAUGACGUAACGUCCCCAUUACAGGAACAUCCCUAUGACUCGUCUCUGACGGGCAAAUAUGUGUCGCUCGAUAUCAACUCGUGGUGGAAGGAACUCGGCUCAAGCAACACAGCAGACCCUGAACAAAAGACUUGAAAC